CAAGUAUUGCAUUCCUACUUCAUCGCUAAUAGAAGGACCUAGAAUCUCAUGCAUUCGUAUAUAAACCCUCAACUCUCAUGCUUUAGCUCAUCAAAAAUCGCAACUCACAAGUCUUCUUUCUGAAAUUACCAUCAACUUCUUAUUCAUUUUCACUUUAUCGCCUUUUUUUUUGUGUGGUUUUGCUGAGCUUUGAGCAUCAAUGGCGGAUGUGCAGAUGGCUGAGGCAGAGACAUUUGCUUUUCAGGCUGAGAUUAACCAGUUGUUGAGUUUGAUCAUCAAUACAUUCUACAGUAACAAGGAGAUUUUCCUUCGUGAACUCAUUAGCAAUUCUUCUGAUGCAUUGGAUAAGAUCCGGUUCGAGAGCUUGACGGACAAGAGUAAACUCGAGGCGCAGCCUGAACUCUUCAUUCGCCUUGUUCCUGACAAGGUGAAUAAAACUCUCUCCAUUAUUGACAGCGGUAUCGGCAUGACUAAAGCAGAUCUGGUUAACAAUCUGGGUACAAUUGCGAGGUCCGGCACAAAGGAGUUCAUGGAAGCUCUACAGGCUGGGGCUGAUGUGAGCAUGAUUGGACAAUUUGGUGUGGGUUUCUACUCUGCGUAUCUCGUAGCAGAGAAGGUUAUUGUAACCACCAAGCACAACGAUGAUGAGCAGUAUAUCUGGGAAUCACAAGCCGGUGGUUCAUUCACUGUCACAAGGGAUAUUGAUGGAGAGCAAUUGGGCAGAGGAACUAAAAUCACUCUCUUCCUCAAGGAAGACCAGUUGGAGUACUUGGAGGAAAGGAGAAUCAAAGACCUUGUGAAGAAGCAUUCUGAAUUCAUUAGCUACCCAAUUUAUCUCUGGACGGAGAAGACAACUGAGAAGGAAAUCAGUGAUGAUGAAGAUGAUGAACCCAAGAAAGAACAAGAGGGUGAUAUUGAGGAAGUGGAUGAGGAUAAAGAGAAGGAGAAAGGUAAGAAGAAGAAAAUCAAGGAGGUUUCUCAUGAGUGGCAGCUCAUUAACAAGCAGAAACCUAUCUGGUUGCGCAAACCAGAAGAAAUUACUAAGGAGGAAUAUGCGGCUUUCUACAAGAGCCUGACCAAUGAUUGGGAGGAACACCUUGCAGUCAAACACUUCUCUGUUGAGGGGCAACUUGAAUUCAAGGCAAUCCUCUUUGUACCUAAGAGGGCUCCAUUUGAUCUAUUUGACACCCGCAAGAAGAUGAAUAACAUCAAACUUUAUGUCAGGAGGGUGUUCAUCAUGGAUAACUGUGAGGAACUUAUCCCUGAGUACCUUGGAUUCGUAAAGGGUGUUGUUGACUCUGAUGAUUUGCCCCUCAAUAUCUCCCGUGAAAUGCUGCAGCAGAACAAGAUUCUCAAGGUCAUUAGGAAGAACCUCGUGAAGAAAUGCAUUGAGAUGUUCAAUGAGAUUGCAGAGAACAAGGAGGACUACAACAAGUUCUACGAGGCUUUCUCAAAGAACUUGAAGUUGGGCAUUCAUGAAGAUAGCCAGAACAGGGCUAAGUUGGCUGACCUCCUUCGAUAUCAGUCAACCAAGAGUGGUGAUGAGCUGACAAGUUUGAAAGAUUAUGUAACCAGGAUGAAGGAGGGUCAGAAAGACAUCUACUACAUCACUGGAGAGAGCAAAAAGGCAGUUGAAAAUUCACCAUUCUUGGAACGCCUAAAGAAGAAAGGAUAUGAAGUACUCUUCAUGGUUGAUGCCAUUGAUGAAUAUGCUAUUGGGCAACUGAAGGAAUAUGAUGGUAAGAAACUGGUUUCUGUUACAAAGGAGGGACUGAAGCUUGAUGAUGAGAGUGAAGAAGAAAAGAAGAAAAAGGAAGAGAAAAAACAAUCCUUUGAGAGCCUUUGCAAGGUCAUCAAGGACAUUCUUGGAGACAAAGUUGAGAAGGUUGUAGUCUCUGAUAGGAUUGUUGAUUCUCCAUGUUGCUUAGUGACAGGUGAGUAUGGUUGGACAGCUAACAUGGAAAGGAUCAUGAAAGCUCAGGCUUUGAAGGACAAUAGUAUGAGCUCUUACAUGUCUAGCAAGAAGACAAUGGAAAUCAACCCUGAUAAUGGCAUUAUGGAGGAGUUGAGGAAGAGAGCUGAAGUUGACAAGAAUGACAAGUCGGUGAAAGAUCUUGUGUUGCUGCUGUUUGAGACAGCUCUGCUAACAUCUGGUUUUAGUCUUGAUGACCCGAAUACAUUUGCUGCAAGAAUUCACAGAAUGCUGAAGUUGGGUUUGAGCAUUGACGAAGAAGAGGAAGCUGGUGUGGAUGUUGAUGAUAUGCCUCCUUUGGAGGAUGUUGGUGAGGAAAGCAAGAUGGAGGAAGUGGACUAAGGCACUAUGCGACUGAAGGCACUAUGCUUCCGGUUCAUAUUGAGUUUCAAGAUACCCUAAGUAGUUGUUUUCCUUUUCCUUUCUGUUGAAAACUGUGUUUUGUUCUUCCGAGUCAGUAGUGUCAUGUUGUGUAAGCAGCAAAUCCGUAUAUCAUUUUAGGAUCGUACAAAUUAAUGGAAUGUUAAAUCUGUUUUAUGAUAUGCUAAUCUUUUCAUUGGAAACCCGUA